UUGCCAUUUUCUGAUGUAAGUUUAAGAAUAGGCGAAGAUUUUGAGAAAAAGAAUGUAGAAGUUUCAGGCUUCCGAAAAAGAAGAUGUUCCGCUUGGACAGGACAUUCGAAGAAAUAAACAACUUUUCACGGAAAGGACCAGUCAAGUUAGUUUAUUUUGAGGUUUGGGGGGGGGGCAAAACUAACAGGUGAGAUUUGAGCUUUAUUGAAAAUUAUUGGGUAAAGUUUUUAAUUCAUAAUUACUAUUGAUGUUAAAGGAAAGUUGUUUAUAAAUUACUAUGUUUAAAUCAUAAGAUGAAGCUUUGAAUUACACUUGAUGGUAUAUGAUCAGAUUUUUGAGGAUUUUCUGACUGUUUCAGCUAGGGGCACCGCCCCUAGGUGAAGUAGUCGAAAAUUUUAUAAUAAUGUCAAAGCUGAAAAAUAGUACGUCAUUUUUUCUCUAAAGAAAAAUUUUGAACCUUCUCAUUUCGAUUUCAAUUAACAUCAUAUCUCAUUUUUUUUCAUUUUUUAUGUCAUAAAAAACAUACCCUGAAGCUAAUACAUUUUUUUUCACCUGUCUUUUUUUGUCUGAUUUUCUAUGUUUCACUUAAAUAUAGUAUAUAUCAUCUGAUUUUAUUAAAAUUUUUAGUCAUUCAGUCAGUCAAUUCAGCGAGCUCAACAACACAACACAAAAAUAAUCAUAUCUUAUCUUGGUCGGUCUCUCCAAUUUCGUAUACUAUUUCCAUUCUACUCAUCGGCUUUUCUUUUCGCGCUGUCUUUUCGGCUGGCUUCCAAAAUCAUAAUUGUGUGUGUUUUUGUGUGAAAACAAACUCACUCACUACCAAAAUAUGUUAUCAUAUAGAUUGAAGCGAACUUGCGCUUCACAGGUAAGAUCUAGAUUCACUGAUUUUUAUUCUAAUACAAAAUGUUCACCAAGGACGGCAAGUCGUAAUGGCGAACCCCAUUAUUGGAAGGUAAACUCGGGAUAUUCUUUUUUUUUUUGAAAAUUUCAAAUUCCAAAUUUUGUAUCACACGACAAAAAAACGAAGAUUUUUUCCAUAAAAAUAUCCUCGCAUUGAAAAUGCUCAUAUUCCUCAAUUUUAUUACUUUUUUCAAGCUAGAAAAUUUUUGUUCUCUUUCAAAAAAAAUGAAAAAUUAUAGGUUUGAAAAGAGCAAAUGUCUAGUUUUUUUGUUGAAUUUUUUCCAGGUGGCUUUUUUGAGUGUAUUCCAAAUUGCCACGUCAUAGUUCACGUAGAGAAUUCUUCAGAGUUUGAACAAAAUUUUUUAUUCGAUAAAAAAUUAGUAAAAAUUUUCACAAGGCUGGCGUUUUGUUAGAAAGAAAAAACACUCGAGGUUUAUCCCUUGAGAUGAUUUUUAAUUGGUACAUCAUAGAACAUGACUAUGAUGUGGAAUUUUGAAGGGGAGGCAAAGAAAAAAGAAAACUGCCACGUAGUAAUUCUAUAUUACUUUGUAAAAAUGUAUCUGGCUUGAAAAAAUAUUCGAAGAGUUCUCUAUUUUUGAUGUGAGAAAUCUUUGGGAAUUUUGAGAUAUGAUUUUUAAAAGCUUGAGAGAGAGAGAGAACGUUUGAUUAUUUUAAAAAAAUAAGAUUUUGUUUCUAUGAAACCUUUUCAAAAGAUCCACGUGGCAGAUCGCAAUUUUGAAAAUAUUUUUAUUGUACUACAUGAAAGUUUGGAAAAAAUUUCAUCAACUUGAUAAUUCACAAAUUGAAAAUAAAGUUUUUUCAAAAUUUUGGAUAUAAAAGGCAAAAAUACAUAAUUUUUCUUUCGUUUUAAAAACACCAUAAAACUCAAAAUUCCCCCAUGUUUUUUCUACUAAUAUAGGUUCAAAAACCAAGUGACACAUGAAUUUCCGGUUUGCUAUAAAUUUUUGGACGAUCAAUUUUUCAUUUUUUUUGUGUUCGUCUACGAAAAAAAGAAGCAAAUCCUCGACUAAUCUUCAUUUUUCUUUUUUAUCUAAUAUAAGAUUUCCAGUAUCAGUUAGUUAGUUCAGCCACAAAAUUUUUCAGUUUAGGAUUUUUCCCCAUUUUUUGUUGCUUUUUUUUGAGCAGCGCAAAAAUAUGUAUGAGCCUGGGAAAAACAAGAAAGCUUUGCGCUCGAGAAAAAUGAAAUAGAAAAAAUCGAAUUGAAUUUGUGUCGGACCCUAAUCAUAUUUUUUUCUAUCUACUUGUUCACUCUUCAUUUUUCGUUUCAGCGUCUUCAAGCCGAGGAAAACGCGGCAGCUGCUGAAAAAUCGGCAAAUAUGGAAAGACGCAUCGCAUUUCGACCACCUCCAAUUUCAGGACAUCGAACAAUGACACAAACUGAUCAGGGUUUGUGUUAUGAACUUUAAAAAGUUAUAUGCUAUGUUAUAAAAAAAAAAAGAACUCUGAUCCGUUCCGGAAACAAGAAAAGGUUCAAAAACCUAUGUUUUCUUGCUCCAAACUAUUGAGCUUCUGUAAUCCAAUCUCAUAAAUUUAAAGAAAAAUGUAAUAAGAUAUGUGCCUGCCACGCGCUUCUUUAAAAGUAAAAUGAUUUUUCGCAAUUUGAAAAAAAGUUUAUUUUAGGCACGAACGCAGAUUCCUACAUGAGAUUGAAUGUUGGCGGAAAAUCGUAUUUUGUUCGAUCUGAACUUUAUACUUCGGAAUGGACAAAAAUGCACGAAUUAUUGGAUUCUACACACGAGAAGAGGUUCGUUUUUAUUGACUAAAUUCAAAAGUUUACUUUUCAUAAAAUAAUUUUUUAUUAAAAAAAAAUGGAAUUUUCAAAUUUUACUUUCAGAAAUGUAAUUAUUUUAUCAGCUCAUUUUAUUUUUCUUUUAUUUUCUCAUUUUAGACUAGAAAUGUUGGAUGGUUACGACGAAAUCAGUGGUGAAUAUUAUCUAGAACGCAAUACAAAACUAACAGAUCAUGUGAUGGAUUUUUUUGUGACCGGAAGUCUCCACAAACCUCAAAAUGUAUGUGUUGAACGUUUUAAAGAAGAACUCGAAUUCUGGAAAAUUCGAACCGAUCAAUUAUCCGCUUGCUGUUCAAUUCCAAAUGAAAUAUGCAAACAACUUCCAACAGGUUCAUCAUUCAAUGAAGAUGAUUACGUGGCAGAUUUUGAUGGUGCUUGUUUCGCAUCACUUCGUCUAACUCUUUGGAGAUUCUUGGAAGACCCACAAUCUUCAAUAAUCGCUGCGAUUUUCGCGAUUAUCUCUGUAUUUUUUGUAUUUGCUUCAGUUGUUGGUCUUAUUUUAGGAUCAAUGCCUGAAUUCCAAGAUGAUCCUUCAAAUGCUUCAGGAUAUCAUUUAAUGCAUGUAAAACAUCAUGCAAACGAUUUUUACAAUAACAAAUUCCAAACUGAGGAAAACAAUGCGCAAAAUGGAUUUGUUUAUAAGCCGACAGAUAAUCCAAAUUUGGCUCUUGUAAUCCUUGAAUAUAUUUGCAUCGGAUGGUUCACUUUUGAAUAUGGAAUACGGUUUUUGAUAUAUCCAAGGAAACUUCAAUUUUUGAAAGAAAACUUUAAAUAUUAUUGAUUUAUCCACUAUUUUGCCAUUUUACCUGGAACUUUGUUUACCAAUAUUUGGUGUCGAAUCACGCCUCAAAGAGUUUACAGGUAAGAUAUUGUUUAGAAAAAUUAAAGGAUUUUGCUGUUAAAGAAAACUUUAGGAUAUAUUCAAACUGGGUUGAUACUCCACGGUAAGUUAUGAUAAAUUCUAGGAAUGUAAACUAACAUUAUGAAUGUGAAAAAUAAUAUAGAUUUAAAAUAACUAAAACGACUUCAAAAGUGACACUCUUUCUAUAUUUUCAUUUUUUCAGGAGCCAUGCUUGUGAUUCGAGUUUUGAGAGUUCUUCGAAUGGCAAGAGUUUUCAAACUUGCCAGAUAUUCAACAAGUCUUCAAACAUUUGGGCACACUUUGCAAUCGAGUAUCACAGAAUUGAGCAUGUUGAGUAUGUUCUUGAUUACUGGAAUCGUAUUUUUCAGUACGAUUAUGUAUUAUUUGGAGAAAGAUGAACCCCAUACUGAUUUUUAUAGUAUUCCAGCUGGUUGCUGGUGGUGUGUGUAAGUUUUGGUAUUUUUCUUGUGAAAACUGAUUCUUCAAUUUUCCGAGCUAUUUUAAUUCAGAAACCUUUAAAAAUCUCUCUAAACGUAUUGUUUUCAGUGUUACAAUGGCAACAGUCGGCUACGGUGACGCAAAACCCGUAACAACUCUCGGAAAACUUGUCGCAACUUCAACGUCAAUUUGUGGAAUUAUUGUACUCGCAUUCCCAAUAUCAAUGAUUGUUGAAAAAUUCGCAACUGCUCAACAAAGAGCAAUUGAAGACGCUCAAAUGCAACAAGCACAAAUGUCGGCAGUUGUUAAUAAUGCAUUAUUGAGAAGGUUUCCAACAAGAAGGAAAAUUCGGAGAGCAAAUUCAGUUGCAGUCAAUUAUUGA